AUGGAGAUGUGUCCGUGGAGCUAUGAGAAACAACUGAUUCUGAUGCAAGAGUUUGAAGGAGAGCUGGUUCCAAAGGAGAUAAAGCUUAAAUGGACCCCCUUUUGGGUUCAAAUCUUCAAUCUUCCCCUGAAAUGCAUGACUAGAGAGUCUGGAUAUGAGAUUGGGGCGAAGAUUGGAAAGGUUCUAGAAGUCGACGUCCCAGAGAAAGGUGUACAGUGGGGAAAAUUCCUAAGAGUUAGAAUACGUUUUGAUGCUACAACACAGCUCAUAAGGGGGAAGAAAGUUUCAAUUGAAGGAGGGGAAGGCAGAUGGAUUUUCUUCAAGUAUGAACGUUUACCUAACUUUUGCUACCAGUGUGGAAGGUUAGAUCAUGGGGAAAAAGAUUGUCCGGAAAGAAAGGAUGAAGAAAAUCAUGGUGAUGAAGAAAGAAAGCAAUAUGGCGCGUGGCUGAGAGGGGAGCCAGGAAGAAGCUUAGGGAGAGAUUAUGGUAGGAUGGGUGAAGAAACUAUGCUGGAAAGAAGAGAUGAUCACCAGAAAACCGGGACGGAAACACAAACACGUGUCAAAACCCGACUGAAGGAGAGCUCGGUAGUAGGCAGGCAGCACGUGAGUGAACAGGCUUUUGGGCAAAAGAAUGGAACACACAACAGCCUAGUUGAGCAUGGAGAGGCAGGUCAGAAAGGAGUGUCUUUUCAGAAGGUGGAGAAGGUUCAUGAAAAUGGCAAGGUUGACUCUCCAAAGGAAAAGGUUGAAGGCAAGAUAACCAAAAGUGGGAAGGAUUCUCUGACGGGCAUGGUUAAUGCAAAAGAUAUGGAAGAUAAGAUGCAAUGGGAGGAAGUGCUGAAUGACGUGGCUAAUGUAAAGUCUGAAGAAGGAAGCAAACAAAAACAAGAAAUAAAAAGGACGGGCUGUGCAGAUAAAGAAAACCAAUGUUAG